AUUAGAACGUAAUACGUUUAAUACCACGAUUUGGACAUGAAAGAUAAACAAAAAGCACACCAGUGACCAAACUAAGUAAUCGAUUUCGGUUAACAUUUAUUUCAAAUCGACUAAUCAGAAUCGAUAGAGACUUCACUUUUCAAAAAUCUCUUUUAUUAAAGAUUUAUGUGUCUAUAGAAUUUAGAUGUGAUUCGAAAAAGCGAGAAGAAAAUACCAGACGUUAUGGUAGUGUGACUUAUAGUAAAGGACAAAGGUAACAUUUCCUAAAGUAUAUGGAAGUCGUGAAUGUUAGACAAAGAUAGGUUAUAUACGACACUAAAGUUGUAUACUCUACACCUAUAAACACCGCUCAGUCGCUUCCAGAAAAUAAUCAUAACCUGUUUUUCGUGUCUUGAACCUAGCGAUUUUUGCGUAAUUUAUCAUGCCAGUCUGAACUAGCAUAGUUUUUGUUUGUUAAUUGUUUCCAUAAGUUUCAUCGCUUUUAAAAGGCAUGCCGAAAAACGCCACGCGUGCAGCAGAGCAGACGCCAAAGUUUGUGAAUCGAGAACCAUCCUUUUUGUCUGCUAUAUUCUAAAAAUUCUCUUGGAGUAUACAGAUGGAAUAGUUGAGAGCUUCAACAAGUAACAAUAUUGAUGUCUCCUGAGAAUAACAUUACGAAGAAUAAACCUCGUGUUUUGUAGCUUUAUUCGUAGUAGGUAAACAGCAAACGUAAACAGAGAUUUGCAAAGUGCUAUUGUUUGAAACAUGGAUUUUGAUACACUACUAAGUGUUGCUCAGAAAAAUGAGCAAAGACCAGCUGCCAAAGCAUACUAUCAAACAAAGUUUGCACCCCCCAAAAAAGAAUCCAAGCAAUCAAAAGUGCUUUCGAACAAUAUUAAAAAGUUUUUGGCCAGAAAAGAGGAAGAAGAGCGACAAAAAAAUGUAGAAGAGCAAAGAAAAAAAGAGCAUCUCUUAGCCUUACGAGAUCAGAAAACACAAAACCGUAUCAAUAAGCAUUUAAAAGUUUGUAAAGCAGCUAACAAAGCUGCUAUUGCUGAUGCUGUUGAUCAUGAAAAUACAGCAGUUACUCUUGCAGGUCCAGCACAGUGUGAUGAAGAUGAUUAUGGAUAUGUUUCCCAGGAAGCAUCUGCAUAUUAUAAUAAAUUAAUGAGUAAAUACAAUAGUCUACCUCCUGAAAAACCUUUAUUUAGUAAAGAUGGAAAAAAGACUGUCAAAGAUAUAGCUUCUACAAAAGACAGAGUUAAGCAAGCAUUGAAACAACAAGAAUUAGAAGAAUCUCUUCCUCAUCGGAGAAAAAGAAAACAUAAAGAUUUGGAACAAGAGAAAAAUGUUAGAGAAUCAGAAGAUUCAAAUGAUUAUAAAGACAAAGACAAAAGUAAGGAUAAAGAAAAAGAUUAUGAUAAAGACAGGGAUACAGAGCGAGAAGAAAAACCAAAAAUCAAGAAAAAAUUUAUUCCUCCACCAAUGGAUUUUACAGCAUUACUUAAACUUGCAGAGAAAAAACAGUAUGAACCAAUCAAAAUUGAACCAAAACCUAAGCCAAAAGAGGAGCCUGAAAGGUUGAUGACAAAGAGACAAAUGAAAGAAUAUGCAAAAGAAAAAGAAUGGCGGGAAAAAAAAGAGCAACGAAUGCGAGAACAACAGAAUCCAAAAUCAUUAGAGAACUCAUCUGCUGAUAGUGGCAAGUUCCUGAAGACUACUUUAACACAAUCUGUGACGUCAAAUGGCCACAAAAUUUCAAGUGAUAUUGAAAAGACUGCAACUAAAACGCUGCCAAGUAUUUCUAAAAAAUCAGCUGACAAAAUUACAGAAAGAAGUUAUAGUACGAAUAAACCUGUAAAUAAAAGUAAUGGGGAACAUAGACUACCAGAAAGAGGUCAAAAUCUAUCUAAGACAGUAGAUAGAAUCAAUACUGCAAAUAGAUCUAUAGAAAAAAGUAAUGGUGUGAACAAAAAUUCGUUAUCAAAAGCAUCAACGGCUGAAAAAGAUGCUAUAGCUGAGGAACGGAGAAUACUAGAAGAAGAAAAAAGAAAAUUGGAGAAAUUACGUCGAACCAUUGAAGAAGAAAAGAAGAAAUUGAUGAUCAGCAAGAAUAAAAAAAUUGAUGAUAGACAACCUGGCAAUUGGACGAUACAAAAAACAUCUGGAACUAAAAUCAGAGAUUCAAUCAAUCAAAAUUCGAAUUUAAAAAACACUUCGUCCAAACCCAUUCCACCAAAUAAUGUAAAAUCGAGGCCUUUCCCACCAUCGGAUAUUAAACCACGACAAUUUCCUCCUCCUGACGUAAGAUCAUCAAAAUCAAAAGCUGGUUCUUCGAAAUUGAAAGUCAACAAGCGACGUAUCUACGAUGAAGAUGAUGAAGAAUACGAUUCCGAAUUAGAUGAUUUCAUUGACGAUGGGCCAGAAGAUGAAAGUGCAGACUAUAGUAAAUAUAUUAGUGAAAUAUUUGGUUAUGAUAAGAAUAAAUAUAGACAUUUAGAUGAUGAAGAUGAUACUGCUAUGGAAAGUAACUUUGCUCAACAAUUGAGGGAAGAAUUUGUUUCAACUAAAAUAGGAAUAAUGGAGGAUCUCGAAGAUAUUCGCCAAGAAGCCUUAGAAAAGAAAAAGAAAAAAGAAUUUAUGAAGAAAAAAAUGAAACGAUGAAUCUAAUCGUUGUGUAAUCGUUAUUAAUUUACUUCAUGUUAAAAGCUAUUUAACAAGUACAUGAUAAGAUUAUACAUUUUUUUUAAUGAAAUACUUGUUAUUUUUGAGAAACUGUUUAUUUUUGUGAAUAAAUAUAAAAUAACUACGUGUGAUAUAAAAUAUAACUUCAUUGUAAAAAAUACUUUUGUAUAAUAACUAUCUAAUAGUAAAAUUACAACUGAUGUUUAACUCUAAGUGUAAUAUUUUUUACUAGUCUUAUACUAGUAAUAUUACAAAUUCUAGUAAAUUUACAAUUCGUUUUAUAAAGACUAUUUUUGUAAAGAUUAUGUAUUAGACUAGGUUCGUUUUGUGUCCAACUCUGAAACUAGUAAUUUUUCGAUAGCCUAAAUCUUGGCUUUCGUUGUAAAAAUACUAUCUCGUAAUAGUACAUUACGAUACAAGUGCCGAAAAGUAGAUUCUUGUCUCGUGUGGCGUUUACACGCGAGCAAAGCGAAGGUGGAAAGGUACACGAGACGAGAAACUCUUUCCCGAACAUGUGCCGUACCGUAUUUUUUGAUACGACGUGUGGAAAGUGUGAUUUUCAACGCACGUUUUAUACCGAGCGUGCAGGAAAGAUGCACUUUGCGCAUGGAGUAUCGAAAAAGUAUUUCUACACAACACUAGGAAAUUUACUAGCUGCUGGCGAUUUCACUAUUCUCAGAAUAGGUCCGUUUCGUGUUCAUCUCUCAGAAUAGUGAUUUUACAAAAGUAUGUUUUACAAAGUUGUAUUAUAUUAUGUACAAAUACAGUCAUCAGUACUUUUGAAAUCAAAAGAUGCCAUUGACAUGUUGAUAUAUUUUUAAACAUAUUGUCUUGAGAAUUUUUAAUGCAGGACUUAUAAUAGAAUCAUAUUAAUUCUAUUCAAUCACUACUAAAUAGGAAAUUGUGUAUAAUAUAAGUUUUAUAUGUAAUUAUGACAACUUUUCUGUUUUUAAGCAUAAAAGAAAAAUUUCAUUAAGUUUAUUGUUAACAAUUUAAUUAAUUAUGAUAAUUAUUGAGAAUAAUUAGUUGGACAAUGUACUAUUAAGAAAGGUAAA